GGUCACCCUGGACUACAUGUUUGCAAGUCCUGGCGCCUAUAUCCAAGAAUGUUAUCUAAUCGAAAACAGAUGUACAUCGCCGCCAUCUUCAGUUUCGUCCUGUACAUCCUCAUCUUUUUGCGGAUGCGAGGCAACAUCAUCGUCGAAGGAUUCCGCAUUUCUUUCCGUCGUUCGGGGCUCAGUCAAUGGCGGGGGAAACGAUUCAACGCCCAGGCUUUGACUAUCGCCAAGCAGAUGCUUUUGUAUCCCAUCGCAUACACAAUCCUAAUUUUGCCAAUCACGGCAUCGCGAUUCACUUACUUUGCCGGCUAUCGUGUUCCCUUCGGCGUCACCAUCUUUGCCGACUCCAUCUUCCUGCUCGACGGUGUCGUCAAUGUGACCCUCUUCGCGAUGACCCGCCGGAUUUUGCCUCCCGACUCCUUCAAGAUCCCCAAGUGGAAGAUCUCGCGGCCGACCCCGAUCCCCGAGGCCACGUUCGAUCCUGGCCUGGAUUCGUACUAUCAAGCCUCGGGCAAAUACGUUCCUUUCGACGAGAAGGAAGACUCCCUUCCUUCGGUGCCAGUAUUCCCCAAACCCAUCCACAGCCGCGACAUGUGAUUGGGACCCUGUUUGUUUUGGAUAUAAGUUAUUUGUUACUGUACGCUGCUUGUAAGGUUACAUCUACUCUCGCCCCAGCGUAAGCUGUUCUGUCGACCAGGGAAGCGGGCCGCUGUACAGCCGGGUGUGUUGUUUGGGGCACCAAGCCAGUAAGGGCCCGAGCUCAGGAUUGCUGGCAAGAUAGGGCGCAUGACGCAUAUCCUGGUUCCUCUGCCGACGUUUCGACGCGAGAUAAUCGUGGCAUCCGUACAAAUCAUGGACGUAGGGCAGGUAUCCGUUUUGGAGCU